AUGCCCAGACCUAGUUCGACACGUUUUGCUAAAUUGCUAUCAAUACAACAGCUAUUCACCAUCACACUGUUCACUAUCGCAGUCGACAUCGUCUCCAGCCUAGCCACAGCAGAGCAUCAAGGCCCCCAAACCUGUGGCGGCCGUUUAAAAGGCCCCGUUGGUAUAAUACAAACACCAAACUUCCCCAACCCGUUUCCCGUCCCUAUUAAAUGUCGAUGGAUAAUAGAACAUGAUAUCGUGAAUGGGACUAUAUCGAUAUAUUUCACGCAGCAGUACACCACUAGUGGCUUAACCUUCACUGAGUAUAUGUACUACGAUGAAUCUUACAAACUCGGAGAGCGCAAAGCUUUGAGCGUCACAGAGGAAAACAUCACAAGGAUCAAAUGGCUUCAGAAAGAUAUAAACAAGAAGAUGUGCAAAGGUGGCCCUAUCAAUAUAAGCGAUCUUUUACAUGCUACCGAUAAUAUU